AUGGCUGCCUCCACCUAUGCCGCGAGCGCGGCGACAAGACGGGGGACCACUUUGAACCGGAACCAGUUCUAUCUGGGCUACAUAGUCUUUCCGGCCGAAAUCAACCAAGCGACACCAGCAGAAUCGUCGUUUCCCACAAACCUUCCAUGUAUCCAAAGUCCAACAUCUCCUGAAGUUCAACGAACAUUCUCAGCUGGCGACCCGACCAACCCGCCCUACCGCCGUCUCCGUGACCCCAAGUAUCACCCGAUUUUGGUACACCGAUACGAUCCCGAGGAUGAGGUGGCGACUGUAUUUGUGGCAUCCUCCCACCUGGUCUAUGCCCACCGGUUCGUCCCCGUUGCGGACGCACCAUGUCUGAGGAAUCAGCCCCCAGAAGGCAUUCAUCUCGUGCCGGACGGUUUGUUUGAGGGUCAGAGGUCAUAUCUCAACUUCUCCCACCCCGUCAAGUGCCAAGUCGUUUUUGAGAGUGUCAAAAUUGAAAAAGGCCAGUCUCGUGACAACGCAGGUCGAGCACUGGUUGUCCACCCGAAGGAUGAUCAAGGUCAAAUUUUUGUCACCAUCGCCCCAGAUGAAAAGAAGAAACUAUUGAGAUAUCAUUGGCGAUACUGGAGGAAUGUUAGAUACGAUGACAACCAAGAAGAAGACUCGAAAGAUAGUGAGCCUGACGGAGGUGAAGCGGAUGCUGUUGCCGGAGGUGGUGUUAAUGCUGACCAACGUGGCGGUGGUGCUGGGCGAGGAGAUUGUGGAAAUGCUGGUGGAAGCGGCGGUGGAAGCGGCGCUGGCAGCAGCUCACAGAGCAGGAAAGCAUGGGCGGAACGGGUUCAGUAUGCACUCACCCAUCCCGACGUCCCGGAGGAGAAGGAUGAUAGCCUUAAACCAUUUCUGUUUGUCGUGGGACCACUCUCCCCGUUCACCCCUUUGAAAGAAAUCGCAUAUGAACUUGAAAAUGGGUUCGAAGAUUGUUUGGCAAGCCAUGGACGUCGGGUGGGGGCGUGA